UGGAGGCCGAAUAUGCUUUUCACCGUCCGGAUAGAUGAUUGAUUUAACUAUCCAUUCAAAGACAUGCCUUACUUGCCGCCUGCCUGGGCAAUUUCCCGCCUUUGCUUGUCCUAAACCCAUCCAGCUCUUGUUUUUGUACAUAGCUCGGGGUCGUGGCCCACUUGUGCGAUGCCGCUACCUUCCGAGGACGUACUUUGCCUCAAGCCGCGUCAGCUCGUACCAGUUGUGCCUGCACCAAUUACGUCUCCGAAACCGGUCGACUGCACCUUGUCGUGUUUGCAGACGGCAAUUAGCGAUGUGCGAGAUCAAAGCAGUAGACGACGAGAACAAGGGCGAGAAGUGGAUGAAAGCAAUGCCGCAGUGUGCGGAGAUGCAAUGGGGCAAGUAUUCUUUGAGAGGUGCUUGAUUUGGAGUGGUGCUAGAUGCCUGAACGUCUUGGCCGGCGUCAGUGGGAGUUCGAGGGUGAGUAACCAGUUUGCUGUCCAGUGCGCUGGUGUCAUAUCAAGCGUUCCAGUAGUAUCAAGUCUUCCGCAAGCUCCCAGCAAUAGUGCACCCUCUCCUCCAGUGCUGUCAACACCGUCAAACCCCGUCCGUGACCCAACCAUGACGCCCACAGUUUUGCCGUCUCCUUCGACCACACCAUCAUCCCUUUCAAUCAGUCCUAUCCUUCCGUCAUUGAGUACUCUACCCUCUCUGACAGUCAUUUCCAGUGCCACUAGCGCAUCCGUCUCGACAACCGCUGUAAUUGCCACAUCCACGGCAACACCUGCAAGUACCGUCGUAGCCGGAGACUCUAGUCAAUCAUCCGGGCCAAACGUAAUUGCCGUAACAAUUGCGGGAGUAACAACAGGUCUUCUCCUGGUUGGUCUGGUAAUACUUGGUGUAUUCAUGCAUCGACGAAGUCACCGUCGUCGUAUUCUACUCCUGGGUGAAGGUGCUCACAGCCUUAUCGCCAAACAUCCUCCAGUCCCCGAAAAAGAUCAUCACAUCCCUAUGGAGGAGCGCAAUCUAGAGCUGGCCGUUAUAAGUAACUAUAACCCAGAGGGACCGCGUAACUCAGCCCAAGACAUCAAAACACCUAGGCCUGAAAAAGCACUUUCGGCAUCGAGUUCACGGUUUUCAUGGUGGAAUGGACGCUUCUCUGACACCAACUCAUGGCGGAAAAGCAAUUUCAUUGCUUCGUACGCUCGCUCAAAUUCCUCAAAUGGACAAGAUGAACAAACUAAAACGGAGGAACAACGUCGACGAAAAGUUAGUACCUCAGAGGAAUCUGGAACUCCUAUAACAAAGACUUGGGAAUCUCGCCAUUGGGCGGAGAUAUCGGUGGAUAUUAGUGAUACAGUUGCAGUGUGGGGCAUUUUGCAAGAUGACUGGGCGUUUGGAAUGAUUGGUUCUCCUAGCGAUACUGCAGCACCUUUAGCUUGCGGAUUCCUCCCUCUCACCUCACUGGGAUCAACUCCCGCCAACGCCCCCGUUUUAGGAUUUACCCGUCAAGCAGCUCUGAGCGCCCCUACGAGACUUACAUCUCUUGGCGGCGGCCCGGACACAUAUCUGAUACCAAAAAGAGACUUUUGCCUCCGCGCCCUCGCAUCAGGCUUACUGACUGGCGCAGAACGCCAAAUCUGGGCGACCGAAUUAGAUGCCAUUGUCAUAAAGAUUGAUGGUCUGGUUGGGGCAGGUGCGGGUCCGUUCAGGGGAAAACAUGUAGAAGGAAAAGGAAAGCAAGAAGGGAAAUUACGUCGGCUUGUGAAAGGGAUACGGUCCAGUGGUGACAGCUCCGACUCUACCGUUAGCAUUCCAAAGGAUCAGUGGUAG